AUGCUGUUUGUGUUUUCUGAAGUCAUGUCAUCUUUGGAACCCUUUGUUACUGCGGCUCGUAAAUAUGUGUCUUGUGGGAAGAAGUCCCUCUCAGUUGUCCAGAGUCUGGACCUGGCUGCUCAAGUCUCUGCAGUGAACUUGGGUUUGAAACCUGCUCUUCUGUACGACACCAACGCUGCCACUCCAGAACAAGUCACCCGAUAUUUGACGUCUCUCCAGUCCGACCAAUUGGUGUCCGAUUCUCUGCACACUUUGCAUUUAAAUGACAACACACUGAUCUUUAAUCAGGUGACGCUGAGGUCAAAUUUACAAAGAAUUCUGAAUCAAGAUGGCAUGAUUGUGAUGGACGUCUGCCCGUCACUGGAGACCCCGACCAUCAUUGAUGGACCGCUGAGAAGCAUUGCUCAAGAUUUACUUUGUCUGCUGGAGGGUCAGUUAAAGAAGACUUGCUGUGUUACAGAGAGGUCGAAUGAGUGGAACCUGUGCACCGUUUUCGGUCUUCUUUUAGGUUACCCUGCCACCUACUGGUUUGAUCAGACAAAAAGCUUUGAGAACUGCCUGUCCAUGACUCCUCUCUCAGUGACCACUGCUUCAGCGACCCUGCACACGCACAGAUUCUCCCUGUACUCCUUCAGUGUUCCAGCCGCUUUGCUCAAAUAUACUCAGGCAGCAUUGGAAGACUGGAAGCUUCGUCUUCAGAUGGGAUUCCAGCAACAGAAUGUCUUCGAGGAUCUCACCAUCUCUCAUGCAGCUGUCACUCUGCCCUCAGUUUGUCUCUGAUGCGUGUAUGAAGUCAUUUAAUAAAACUGAA